AUGUCGGCUCCGGCGGCCAGCAAGGCGUUGAUAAAUGAAGUUAUAGGAAAGCGAACCAGGGCGUGUGCCAAUGUCCUUUGCGAUAGUGCUGUGAAAGGUAUGCGACUACUGCAUCACGGCUCACCAGGAGGUGUGGAAUCGACUGCAUUAUGUUCUCAAAAUACGACCGCGCUCAGAAUUGAUAUAGGCAUAUUGGCUAUGGGAAGAGAGAUGGACUUGGGGAUGGUUUAUACUGUCGCCCGAUAUUUCCCAUUUCCCGCUUUGGCGUUGGCUAUAGUUGUGCUCAUGACCCUUGAAGGAGCAUUCGAGGCGGUGGCUUUCAAGCCGGGGUACAUUUCGACCUUCAUCCACCUCGCCACUAUCCUUGCAGCGGAAGGGCUCCUUAUGAUGCGAAUUUGGGCGUUCUGGGAUUGUAGUCGUCGAUUGCUCACUGUUCUCCUCAUUAUCGCUGUGAUCUUUGUUGGUCUUGCCAUUGGACUGACCGAAUACGUGAACUGCAUUCUUCCAAAGCUGAAACCGCCCGCUGAAACCUCCCCAGGAACGUGCAGUUUCCCAACGGGUCAGGGUAGCUCGAUUCAGUAUGGAUUUCUGGUGGUAUACGAGCUAAAUACAAUCGUGUACGUGUUCUGCAUGAUUGAUAAGCUUCUCUUUAGCAAACAUCUUGAACACCAUCGUAUCCCAGCUUAUCACAAUGAGUACUUCGACAGCCUGCAGCUUGCGACGCACAGCGCCCCCAGCGCGCGGAUCUUCUUCCACAUCCGCGAGAGCGCUGAAGAGAUUCGCGCCCGAGCAUUACCAAGCCAUUUGUCGACUUUCCGAGUCGCAACCCCUGUGAUCACUAGGAACAGUGUCCGUAGGUCCGAUGCCGAGAGAAUGUUAGACGACGUAAUUGUGAUCGAAUAA